AUGCUGGCCAUGCUGGCGUGUUAUUUCCUCAUCGGGCGCGAACUGUGGGGUAGCCGGUCCAUAGGAGAACUUACCGACCGACAGGUGACCAGUAUACGAAGUAAACGCAGGGUAGUAAAAAUGUUCAUCGUGAUCGUGGUGGCGUUCGCGCUGUGCUGGCUGCCGCAGCAAGCCUUCUUCCUGUACACCUUCCACAACGCUCAGAUCCUGGACACUUCAUAUAUCCAGCAUAUCUACUUGGCCUGCUAUUGGCUGGCCAUGGCCAACGCCACCGUUAAUCCCCUUAUUUAUUACUGGAUGAACGCGAGAAUAAUAAUAUGGGUGAAAGAAAACGUUUACGAUAAUUCUAAUCUAUUAAUCAUAUGCAACACCAACUUCGUAACCUUGGAAUAUAUCAACUACUGA